CGCAACACGACGACGUACAGCUACGGCAACGCGAUGGCGGCUCGAGGAGGGUGGACGAAGUUGCUGUUUGCGCUGCUGGUCGCCGGGCUGCUUCCCGUCGUGGCUCCGACGAGGACCUACGCAGCAGCGGCCGCUGAAGGAGGAGGUGCUCGCGGCACCGUGAUCGGCAUCGACCUGGGCACCACCUACUCGUGCGUCGGCGUCUACCGGAACGGCCGCGUCGAGAUCAUCGCCAACGACCAGGGCAACCGGAUCACGCCCUCAUGGGUCGCCUUCACCGACGGCGGCGAGCGCCUCAUCGGCGAGGCCGCCAAGAACCAGGCGGCGGCCAACCCAGAGCGCACCAUCUACGACGCCAAGCGGCUUAUCGGUCGCCAGUUCGACGACGCCGUGGUGCAGCGGGACAUGAAGCUGCUCUCCUACGACGUCGUCGAGAGGAACGGGAAGCCGCACGUGCGGGUCCAGGUGAGGGAAGGCGACGUGCGCGAGUUGAGCCCCGAGGAGGUCAGCGCCAUGGUGCUCACCAAGAUGAAGGAGACGGCCGAGGCCUACCUCGGCGAGAAGGUCACGGACGCCGUCGUCACCGUCCCGGCCUACUUCGACGACGCGCAGCGCCAGGCCACCAAGGACGCUGGCACCAUCGCCGGGCUCAACGUGCGCCGCAUAAUCAACGAGCCCACCGCGGCAGCCAUCGCCUACGGCAUCGACGACAAGGGCCCGGAGAAGAAGGUGCUCGUGUUCGACCUCGGCGGCGGCACGUUCGACGUCAGCAUCCUUGCCAUCGACAACGGCGUCUUCGAGGUGCUCGCCACCAACGGCGACACCCACCUCGGAGGCGAGGACUUCGACCAGCGCGUCAUGGAUUACUUCAUCAAGCUCAUCAAGCGCAGGCACGGCCGGGAUAUCUCCGGCGACGCCCGCGCGCUAGGGAAGCUCCGGCGCGAGUGCGAGCGCGCCAAGCGCGCGCUCAGCAACCAGCACCAGGUGCGCGUGGAGAUCGAGGCGCUCUUCGACGGCGUCGACAUCUCGGAGCAGCUCACCAGGGCGCGCUUCGAGGAGCUCAACAGCGACCUGUUCCGGAAGACGAUGGUGCCGGUGAAGAAGGCCAUGGCGGACGCCCGGCUGCAGAAGAGCGACAUCGACGAGAUCGUGCUCGUCGGCGGUAGCACCAGGAUCCCCAAGGUCCAGCAGCUGCUCAAGGACUAUUUCAACGGCAAGGAGCCCAGUAGGGGAAUCAACCCCGACGAGGCCGUCGCGUACGGCGCCGCCGUCCAGGGUGGUAUCCUCAGUGGGCACGGCGAAAGUAUGCUUGUCAUCGACGUUACGCCACUGACUCUGGGCAUAGAGACCGUGGGUGGGGUGAUGACCAAGCUGAUCCCGAGGAACACGGUGAUUCCGACGAAGAAGACGCAGGUGUUCACCACGUACCAGGACAGGCAGACCACAGUGAGCAUCAUGGUGUUCCAGGGCGAGCGCAGCAUGACCAAGGACAACGAGCUGCUCGGCAAGUUUGACCUGUCUGGGAUCCCACCGGCGCCAAAGGGCACGCCGCAGAUCGAGGUGACCUUCGAGGUGGACGUGAACGGCAUCCUCCACGUGAAGGCGGCGGACAAGGGCACCGGCAGGUCGGAGAAGGUCACCAUCACGAGCGACGCCCGCCGGGUCAGCCAGGAGGAGAUGGACCGGAUGGUGCACGAGGCGGAGGAGUUCGCGGAGGAGGACCGGAAGGCGAGGGAGCGGGUCGACGCGCGCAACAAGCUGGAGACGUACGUCUACCAGGUGAAGAGCGCGGUGGUGGACGACAGCAACAUGGCCGACAAGAUGAACGCCGACGAGAAGGAGAAGGUGGAGGAGGCAGUCAGGGAGGCCAACGAGUGGAUCGAAGUGAACUCGGAUGCCGACAAGGAGGACUACGAGGAGAAGCUCAAGGAGCUAGAGGACGUGUGCAGCCCUGUCAUCUCGGCGGUGUACCAGAGGUCCGGCGGUGGUGCACCGGCAGACGACACUUACGAUGAGGAUGACCAUGAUGAGCUUUAGGGACGACUAGGUUAGAUUGUCAGCAUUAGCUAGCUCUUAAUAUAGUUCUGUGUCUUUCCUUUACAGUAGCCAGUAGUAAUUUCAAUUUGUAAUCUCCAUCUAGGUAUUAUUAUCUCUUUUAAGACAAAGUAUGUGCUCUAAUUUUUCCUAAUAACGAAGAUUUAAAGCAGUCCAAAUAGGAGAACACAUCAAUCUCACCCACAGCAUAAUGAUCCAUCGAAAACGAGCUAUAUAUACCGCCCAAGGCCCAAGCUGACAAGAGCUCACUGCUCGGAAGAGCUCAGGAGGGGAGAGGGUUCAGACGUGUACAUCUUGAUUGCAAACUUUGGUAUCUACAGACUGUCUGUCUGUCUGUGAUCAUCUCAUAUACCACGAUUGUCGCCCAAGUCUAUCAUAUCUCAAGUCUCAACUUUCAGAAUCUCACAUUUCUGUCAGCGAUUUAUAAACCAUUUAUUUAGGGCUGUAAAUGGGCCUUCACGCUUCAGUCCGGCAUACUUUUUUGAAGUCAAGACAUGAGGAGGCAUCUCUAGUGAGACUCAUGUGUUAAAAUGUUUUUAAGGACGUUCAUGGGCAAGUAUCUUCAUUUUGUGACUUAACAGGGCUGUAGUUGGGCCUAAUAUAUGACAAGUCGGACGAGGACGUGAAAUUUCGCGACAAAGUUAUUAGCUGUGAGGCUGUUGUUCUCAGCCAGCGUGACAGAGCU